AUGGAGGCUGUCAACAGUCCUGCACCCCCGCUACCCUGCCCGGACGCCACUUACCACUCGGCCCGGCCUCCCGGUGCGGCCGCGCGUCCGGGGCGCGUCCGCCGCGCGCUCUCCCUGGGGAGAAAGAGAAACCGUGUAGACGGUCGGCGCGCGCUCACUCGCCGCCUCCUCUGCGGAGAACAGCAAGCGGCGAGGCCGGGGCGGGCGCAGAGCAGAGGGGGGCCCGGGGGAGGCGGGGGCGGAAUCUGCCCAACUCCCGAGCCUGGCUCCGAGGGAGACACGGAAUGCAGGCUGGAGAGCAGCCGGCGGAGGCCGCGUUCCCAGCAGAGUUGGGGGAGGCGGAGGUGCCCUGGUCCCCGGGCAUCAACUAUUGUUUGCGCGCUCGGGUCCCCGCUCGCGCCGCCUCCGAUGUUCAGCGCCCCUCAUCCCGCCUGCCUGCCCCCAAGAGAAAGAGCUGAGGGGGCGGCCGACGCGGGAAGCAAUUGCUGGAGGACUGGAGGGCCGGAGUUCCGAGGUGGGCGCCGAGUGGGGGAGGGGACAGCUACACAGAGAAGUGGUCACCCAGUGAAGUGGAGGAAGAACUCCUAGACCUUGGAUUCUGGUGUGGAUUUCUGGACCUAAACUCAACUCGAAUAUGAAUUCAUUUUCCUGGACUUUUAUUUCUUUAAAUGCAAAAAGAGAGAGCUAAGGACCCAGCCCUUUAGACUAAACGUUUAUGUGUUGAUGUGUUACCCUUUUUCCGGGAUUUAUACGCUCCUGGCUAAGAAUCUUUCAUGAAAAAGAAAAAAGCUCCUGAAUUUCCCUCCCUGUCCACUGGUUUCACCCUUUAAAUACCUCCCUACCUUCCCCUCCCUUCUCCUUGCCUCCUACCCUCACUGGCAUUCCAACAACUCCAUCUCAGUUAUCAAGGGCAACCCCAGCUCAGGCUGGUAAGGUGGACACUUCUUGAUAGGCACUUCCUGCCGCACUCUCACGGCGUCGGUGGUUGGCGCUGCUAGAGUGGAUCCUGAUCAUUGCCUGUGGUGCGGCCGGCCCGGCCCCCAAGAGCUGCUGGCUGGCCGUGGAACUCUCAGGAACACCGGCGGGUGCUCGGCUUGCCUCCACCUCUCAGAACAACCAGCUCCAGCUCCUAGGUCCCUGGGCUGCGGGGCCGUCGUGAGCUUCUUGCGCCAUGCUUCCUCUAGAGGGCAGCACAAAUCACAUUAGCUGGGGGCGACUCAAAGGUACAGGAUUGACUCGGAGAAUUCACUCAAACUCCCCUAGCCCAGACUGAUGUAAUGGGAGCAAGAAUGAAAGUGUCACACCAGUGGUCUUCACCUGAAGGCAGUUCAGCAUGUUGGAGACAGAAGAACCUGGCCUCAAGUCCCACUUCCACCUUUAGUGGUCAGGUAGCUCUGGGAUAAGUUAGUUAAACCUCUCUAAACCUUGAUUUUCCUACCUUUAAAGCAGGAAUAGUAAUUAUGAUUCAUUCCAAAAACCACACAUAGUUGUUUUGAGGAUUAAAUGAGAUGACCCAGGAGUUCCCG